CUCGCCCUUCAUUAACAACCAUCUCCUCAUCCCUCACAGAACAUGGCUUCUCCAAGCAAGCGUCGCAUCGAAACCGAUGUCAUGAAGAUGCUCAUGUCCGACUACGAGGUCUCGCUCGUCAAUGACAGUAUGCAAGAGUUCUACGUCAGAUUCUAUGGGCCAGCUGAAACACCCUUUGCUGGCGGUGUAUGGAAGAUCCAUGUCGAACUGCCAGACCAGUACCCCUUCAAAUCACCCAGUAUCGGAUUCAUGAACAAGAUAUUCCAUCCCAACAUCGAUGAGCUGAGCGGGUCGGUUUGCCUCGAUGUAAUCAAUCAAACAUGGUCUCCAAUGUUCGAUAUGAUAAACAUAUUCGAAGUGUUUCUCCCCCAGCUCCUCAGAUACCCAAACCCGAAUGACCCUCUGAAUGGCGAAGCGGCUGCGCUGUUAAUGCGCCAUCCGAAGGAAUAUGAGGCAAAGGUCAAAGAAUACGUCCAACGGUUUGCCACCAAGGAAGCUGCUGAUGCUGCUACAGACAGCAAAGAAGAUGAGGAUGAAGACGAGGAAAUGAGCGACAUCGGGAGCAUCAGUGACGCCGAGUGAACAUCCAUUUGCCGUCCUAUCUCCUCCUCUGUUCCCGCAUUUAUUUAUCCUGGUCCAUUGAUGAUCAAUCGUUCUCUAUCUAAUCAUCUGUAUGAUGUCGUUGCGCAGCUUUCCUCCUCUAACUGUACAUACCUAGCGUUCAAGGCCACUUGACGUACAUAUCCUCAUCUCACUGAUUUCUUGCUCUUCGUCUACAUGUAGUCUCCGACAAUAAUAGAUGGAUGGAUAUAUCAACUGGGUGUAUGCGUGUUUGAGGGA